AAGUUCUCCAAAAUCCUCAUGAACGCGGUCCUGUAUAGCUUAUGAUUCAAAGGAAAGUGAAGGAGAAACUGCUCGACAACUCCAAGGAAUCGGACUAGGUUGCUAAUUGUUUCGUUGAACGUGACCAUUCGAGAAAUAAGAGGCUUUGUUUACCGGCGGCUGACGGGCUUAUGCAAUGCGAGAACGGAAUCAAACCGUUUAACAUUUCUGUGGCAAGCCAGUCGGUUGCCAAAUUAUAUCGAAUGAGGACAUUGUUGAAACCAGAUACCUGCCGAGUCACAAGCUCACGGACUAUUGAGCGCAUUAGCACUUGUCACAUCAGUCCAGGCAAGGUCAUCGCUUCUUCCUAUCUUUCUACAUACGGCUUGUAAACACUGAGUCCCGGCGCUCUCCACAUUCUACAAUGGAGAGCCUAAGUGAGCUUCAGAACCCUCUACUGGAUAAGAAUAGCAAGCAUCUGGUCAAGGCUGACUACGGCUAUGGGGGAGACUUCCACAGCAACCAAUAUCAGGAGAACAUUAUAAAUUACUUUGUGACUGGUGGAGGAGGUGGGGGUGUCGGUGGAGGUGGUGUUGGGGUCACAGGAGGAAAUGGCAAGGCGAAAGCCCAGCUACUGGACGCCACCUCACUACACCUAGCAGUGGAGGCAUUUUACAAGCCUAACUUCAUCCUUUACAAGGAUGAUGGGAGCGGCAAGGGAAAGGAUUACAAAAAUGAGUGCUGCGAGACCACAUUCAUGGAGAAGAAAGAGAAGGAAGUAGUGGUGGAGACAGCCACAACAGAGGACCCACAAGCAAAACUCCUGGACGAAAACAAUGUGAAAAUCCAGACGGUCUCUUACGAGGUAGAGGAAGAGGAUUACGUAGAAUAUGAGACAGAUUGCUCCAGUGACAGUGAAAGUGAGGACAACUUUAUUGUUAUCCCUCCUCGUGAUCACCUGGGCCUUGCUAUCUUCUCCAUGCUCUGCUGCUUCUGGCCUCUGGGCAUUGCCGCUUUCUACUUUUCUCAAGGGACCAGCAAAGCCGUGACUAAGGGAGACUUCCCACUGGCUAACAUUGCCUCCAGACGAGCCCUGUUCCUGGCCGCACUCUCCAUCACCAUUGGAACAGGGGUGUACGUGGGCGUGGUGGUGGCCCUCAUUGCAUAUCUGUCCAAACCAGGCCACAUAUAGCAGGGCCAGAAAGGAAACCACAGGACUUCAUGAUAAUACCGCCUCCGAACGUCUUUUCUAAAUGUCUCUCUCAUCUUCAUCCCUCCCCGUGGACUGCCUGUCCGCCCAAAUUAGAGAAAGGGAUGAAGCAGAAGACGAUGAACCCAGAAGAACUGUGGACUUUAUCAUCUCAGUGAUUAUAUAUAAAUGUCACCUUGUGUCACACAACAGCAGUUGCCCCAUUGGAUAAAACUUUAACUUAAGUAUUGCUUAAGUCUGAGAGCAGUUCAGGUGAAGAAUACAAACUAGAGAAACAAAUAAGAAAUCAAAUUCACAAAAACCAAAGGGAAGAUAUUCCAAAGGACACCCAUAAGGAUCAAAAGAGACUAAGCGCCCUUGGAUUAGUUUUUUCCCUUUCCAGCUGUGAUUCAUUCCGAACCUGAAAGAGAACUCAAGCCGUUCUCUGUUCCUCUGUCAUUAUUUACUUAGUUCGUUAAACCCAGUAAGAGUGUAUGGCUCAAUUAAACCAGCGCUGCUGAAAACACACUGCGAUCUCUGCUGUUCACGAAAGAGCUCUGUUAAAACAUAUUAUACAACAGGUGACUGCUAUGUUUCCUUAUAUAUUUGGAAAAAAUGACAGAGCCUUGUAUGUUAUAACAAGCUGAGGUAGAGUCCACUCUCAAACCUAAGUGCUUAUGGUUAUACAGAACUACAGAAAUAAGAAAUAGCUGUCAAAGACAAUGCAGUCCACCUCUGUGAAUUCAAAUUAAUCUAUGAAAUUCAGCUCCACUUACACACAAACUAUGCUGAUCUCUGUGCAGUUUCCUCUUGUUAGGGCUCUAUGCUUUGUGUUGUAAAUUCAUGUCUUUUUUCUUUUUGUAAGUUUAUGUCAUGGUAGAAGAAAAGCCAUCACGUAAACACUGGUGCUGAGAAUUCUGAACAGUAUAUAACAUGAAGAACAAGAAGCAUUUAUUUUAGAUCAGUAAGUAUAUUUGUUUGACUUAAGCAUUAUUUAAUGAUGUUCCCUAUCUGUCACUCACUUGAUCUUAUGUCGAUGUAGUGACACUAGGGGUCACACUUGGG